AUUUGUGUUGCUAUGAAAGUGCAUGCAGGAGAAUGUUCUUAUUCCGAUAAAGUCACACGUUUCUGGCCUGAAUUUGGAAAAAAUGGCAAGGAAGAUAUAACUAUUGAUAUGAUUCUCAACCAUCGGGUAGCUCCAUUCAAUCUUUGCUUCAUAGGCUGCUGCAGACAAAACAAAAAUUUCCAAGUCUCCAAAGCAUCCUCCAGAUUCGCAGAUUGUAAUAGAGUAAUGGCGAAAAAUUCUGUAUUCUGUCGAAUAGAUGCUAAGCAUCGAAGUAUAGGAGAAUAUUUCCGGGAUGAAAUUAGACAGAAGUAUGGUGCGUUUGAAGUUUGUGUAACACUUUCUUCUUCUUUGCACGCGAUGCGUGCUUUUGAACAACCUGCUGUAAAUGGAGUUGCUACAGCACGCGGUCUUGCUCUUUUGCAUCAAAAAUUCAUGGAUGGAACUUUAUGUUCGCAACAGUUUUUCAAGGAAACUUUCGACCAUACGCUUGGCAUUGAAGAAAGCAAAGGGCAUGGUUUUGUAUAUAAAAGAAGUCCAAAUGGUUCCUGGCUAAUCGGACAUCCAGCUAUGGGCGGACAAAUGAUUUGGAUGGAUCCCUUUAAAAAUAUUGUCGUCUGUUAUCUGACUAAUGGACUGAAAUUUGGUCGUAGGAGACAAACACGCGUGUCCGACAAGCUCUUGACAAGAAUCUAUGAAAUUCUGUCAAAGCAUACUACUUCUUCUUCUAUAUCCUCGCCAUUGUACCGCGAGGGCACUCUGUCGAAGCAAACAAACCAUUGA